AUGAUAAACCCAAUCCAAUCGAGUCAACCUAACCGUCAAAGCACGCAAGAACGCAAGAUCGAACAUAGUCUUGGUGAGCAAGCAAACGCUAAACCAGUAGAUGCAGAUAAAGAGAAAGAGAGAGGCCGACCCGAGGAACCAAACCUAACCGAACCUCACGUUCAACCUAACCGUCAAGAACGCAAGAUGGAACUCAGUCUUGGUGACCAAGCAAACGCUAAACCAAUAGAGGCAGAGACAGAGAGAGAAAGAGGCCGAUCUGAGGAACCAAACCUAACCGAACCUCAAAUCCAACCUUACCGUCAAGAACUCAAGAUGGAACCUGUGACAGAAGACGAAAUCCGCAAUGUUCUGAUGGAGAAUAAGCAAAUAACUACAGUGGAACUCGUUAUGAGGUUUAAGGACAGACUUGGAACCAAAGAGCACAAGGAUGCAUUUGCCGAUAUUCUCAAGAAGAUCGCAAUGCUACAAAAAGACGCAGCUUCUCAAAAGUACUUUGUUGUUUUGAGAGAUGACGAGUCUUCUUCUACUUUGCUUUCUUCAGAACUCACUCGUUUGUCUAUUUCUUGA